UUCUUAACAGAAAGUUUAGGAAUCGUGUUGAUGUGUUGAACUUCACUUCACCACCCCUAUAAAUAGAAGGAGAAGCAGAGGAAUAAGGUGUUGGAAUACAAUACAAUAGAAGCCAGAAGCAAUUAUAUUACAAAAUCUCAUAAUAUUAAUAAUGUCUUCCGAUAUCUGUGGCAUUCUCCCUCGUAUUCUCAUCGUUUCCAGGCGAACCGUUCGCAAAAACAAGUUCGUUGAUUUCGUUGGAGAAUACCACCUUGACCUUAUAGUAAGCUACGGUGGGGUGCCCGUGAUUGUCCCUCGCGUUUCCGGCGUUCACACGUUGCUCAACAGCUUUGAGCCAAUUCAUGGUGUUCUUCUCUGCGAAGGUGAAGAUAUUGAGGCAUGUUGGUAUGAUCACAACGACGAUCAUGACAGUGAUGGCUUGGAUCUUUCCCAAGAGGAGUUGGAAGAAAUCAGAAGGCUUCAUGCGAGUGACACCUCCAUUGACAAAGAGAAAGACUCAAUUGAGUUGAGUCUGGCCAAACUCUGCCUCGAAAGGAACAUUCCCUACUUGGGAAUCUGCAGGGGCUCCCAGGUUCUCAAUGUUGCAUGUGGGGGUACCCUUUACCAGGACAUAGGGAAAGAGCUUUCAAAAAAAUGUGAUCAAAGCCAGAGAGUGAUGCACAUCAACUAUGAUGAUUAUGAUGGUCAUAGACAUGCUGUUAAACUGGUCAAAAACACCCCUUUGUGUCAUUGGUUUCAGGGUGAAGAAGAAGAAAAAGAAGAAGGGGAAGAAAUGGAGAUUUUGGUGAAUAGCUAUCACCAUCAAGGGGUUAAGAAAUUGGCUGAACGUUUUAUCCCUAUGGCCUUUGCUUCUGAUGGUUUGAUUGAAGGGUUUUAUGAUCCUGAAUGUUAUAAUCCUCAAGAUGGCAAAUUUAUCAUGGGAUUGCAAUUUCACCCUGAGCGUAUGAGAAAGCCUGAUUCCGAUGAAUUUGAUUACCCUGGAUGCCCCUUCGCCUAUAAGGAAUUUGUAAAGGCAGUGAUUGCUUAUCAGAAGAAGCUGAAUAGUUUGACAUCUGUGCCAAAGCCUCUGAAACUUAACAAGGAAAUGGAGAGCAAGAGGAAAAUUAUAGUGCGUAGCUUCUCACUUGCCAAAAACCUAUACACCAUGGGUCGCGGGAAUUGCUCCUCCAAAGACUCUGAACUUGAAAUUGGAGCAGAAUUUUUGGAGUCAAACACGGCGUUAAGUGUGCAACAAGAGAAUCGGUUAAAGCAAAUGGGGGCAACAGUUAGGAAUGGAGGGUCAUACGUUGAGAGACUGAAGCUGAAUGAAGUAAGGGAAAAAAUGGCCAAAAAUGUAAUGGGAAAGAUGUCAGUGGAGCAAUUGUCUGAUCUGCUCUCUUUCUACCGCACCAUGGACCAGAUUUGCUCUCAAGUAUUGGAAAGAAAGCUACAUGACGUUGUCAAUGACUUCACUUCAUGACUUGGACUUAUAUUUUGUUUUUAAUUUGGUGUCUUUUACCAUGCCACUCACAUGAAUCUUGUGUGCUGUGCCUCCUUGAUUCCCUCUGUACAUGUUUAAUAUCAACCUUUUCCCUCUUCAUGAAAGUGAUGUUAAUCUCUCUUGCUUGGGCUAGGAUUAAUAUUAUAUAUUGAGAAAAAAAAAUAUGCAUUCACAUUGAAGUGAAAAAAGUUUUA